AAAGAAAAUAACUCCAACUCCACUCAGUUGUCUCUAACUGUACAGUUAUCAGCUGGGAGAGCCUUCCCCCUCCACGAUACAGCAGCAAAAGGAAUAUUUGGAAUACCAAAGUGUUUUCUUUGCAGUGAUUUCUUUUUGGGGAUAUCAAUUCUCCGCUGCCUCUAAAUAAAAAUUAAUCCGAGUUUGGAUCCAUCUGGUCUCAGGAUUAGGAAAAGCGACUCUCCAAGCAGAUCAAAGAUGUUUAUUAAGGUUCCAUUCUUCAUCCUCGUCCUAGGGAGUGUGCCCUUGGCAGCACUUGCUGAAGAAGCAAGCUCAGUUCUAGAAGGAGAAGAAAGUGCAACGAUUGAUUUCAGAGACAGAAAUGACACGGAAUUUGAUGCCUUGCCAACCCUGUUUGGACACCUGAUGACCACAGAAAGUGCUUUUGUCCCGGAUGGAGACAGUGACAAUUCUACUGGUUAUGGAGUUAACACAGAGAGUGUUGAUGGUGAGCCGAGUGGGGAACCAGAGAAAACUGAAAAAGGUGGCCUGGAAACAAUUGCACUGGUUGGAAUAAUCAUUGGAAUCGUGGUUGCAGUUGGAAUCCUUGCAGGAAUAGUGAUUGCUGUCGUAAGGAAGAUGUCAGGCAGGUACUCGUAA